AUGUCUAUGAGCUGUGUGGGUGAUAAUGGAGUUGAUAAUAAGGGUGAGGGUCCCGGCAAUGAGGUUGAUAAUGAGGGUAAUACUAUAACAUGGGUAAGAACUGGCAUUAUGAACAUCCAAAAGACACUAGUUUGUUACCACGUCGUCCUUUGA